CACAGACACACACACACACACACACACACACACACAUGCCAAUUCCCAAUUCGAAUCGAUUGAUUUCGAACCAAUCACUCUAACCCAAUCUAUAUAACGUCAAAAAAUCUGUAUAAUUUCUUCAUAUUAAUCCGUUUUGUGCCUCCAAUUUUUCAUUUUGGGUUUUUUUUUCUCUCUUUUCAUUUUCUUUGGAUCCAAGCACUGGACUCUCUUUUUGGGUUUCUCGGCAAUCAAACGGCUAAUAUAUUGUUACUUGCAAGCAGGAAUCGCGCCAUUAAGCACUGCGAAGAAUUGCUUCAGGCUCAUCUUCGGACCAGUUUUCUCGGUAAGCAAGCAUUGGUGUAUUUUGUUUGUUGAUUGAGAAUGGUGUCGGUGUCGGUGUCGGUGUCAAAUGGGGUUUUAUCUGACGGAAAUCCGAACAAGCGGCCUUUGGAGAAUGGCUGUCAUCCGUCGUCUUGCAGUAGUUUUCAGCCAAAGUACAAGUCGAGGAAGGUCUCGGCCGUUCGGGAUUUUCCCCCAGGAUGUGGACGAAAUGCUUCGCAGAUACCUUUAAAUUAUUUAAAUUCCCAAGCAAAUGCGUUAGUGUCGGAUGGCGAUAAGAUGACCAAAAUUAUUGAGGCUGAUUGUGUGAAAUCUUCUGAAAUUAAGGCUGAAUCUCAAUCCCUUGAAGUUGUGAAAAGUCCAACUCGGGAGGAAAUGGAUGAUUUGGUGGGGAAAGUGAUGGCUUCUGCUGGAAUAGUUAAUGGGAUUAAAAAUGAAGAGUUGGGCAUCGAUGUGAAAGCUCAGGGGAUAGAAGUGCCGAAAAGUUUGGAAAAUAAUGCAUUGGAAAUGGCAAAUGAAUUGCAUCAAAGUAAAGGUCACUUAUUGGUCAAGGAGUCAAAUGAAGUGGUGGGUUUGGAUUUUGUGCAGGAGUCGAGUGACUUGGAAAGUUUAACUUUGGUGAAAUGUGAGGGUGCAGAGGACAAGAAACCUGCAUUGGAAAUUGGUGCUUUGGCCAAUGGGGUGAUUCAAGGGGAUAGUGCAAAAUCGUGGUUGCCACCACAGCCGCUGAACAAUGAUGGAUAUGUUGGGAAUGAAACUGCCCCUUGCCCGAAGAAGAAGUAUAGCAGAAGAAGAGUUUCAGCGAUUCGUGAAUUCCCCCCAUUUUGUGGUAGGAAUGCUCCUCAACUGACUGAGGAAGACCGUUUGAGGAUUGUUUCCGGGAACAAGAGUUUGGAUACAGUGAUGAGGGUUGGUGUGGGCAGUGGGGAACUGGGAGUGACAUUAAGUAAUGGUGUGGAAAUUGGGGCAGUGGGAGAAACUUUGAUAGUAGGUGUGGAAGGUGGGUCUGUGAACGAGGCAUUGAAGGCUGGGGUGGAAGGUGAAUCAGUAGAAGAGGCAUCAAGAACUGUUAUUGAAGAAUUGGAUGUGGAUGUUGGAGAUUGUUAUCCUGAGAAGGGUGAAUUGAAAGGAAGUAUGCCUGAACCAAGGAAUAAGUAUGAAAUUAAAGAGAGUAUCAAGGAUUUUAAUCAUUUGGUAGGAGAAGUGGGAAAGGAGAUUGUAGUCUACUCACAGGAAAGAAAUCCUGAUACGAGAAUGCCUUUAGGUAGUGAUGUUGUUUCAGGAAAUGUAGUGGACAGAGUGAUUGUGCAUGGUCUGAUGGCAGCACCAUUUUGCCCAUGGAGACAGGGGAAAGGGGCCUCAACUAGAUCAGAUGGUGUUAUGACUGGAGGCAAAGUAAACAAGCGUGCUAGGCAGAAGUCGAAGCUUGUGAACAGGACAAGUAAGUAUGAAAUCAGUCCCGUGGGUGGAAAAUCAAUGACAGAGAAAUCAGUUACUGCCACCAAGGCUGCUUAUGAAAGUACGGGUGCAUUGGUUGUCAGGGAUGAAAAAGAUUCGUUUGUGCAUGAUGAAGAGAAACAUGAAGAUUCUCCUGCUGGUCAGAUGCCAAAUCAUAUCGAUGUGAGUCUACCUCCUUUUGGUCCCAAUAGUUCCAGUCAAGGUGAUGCACGUAACAGGGUAAGAGAGACUCUCCGUCUGUUCCAGGCUAUAUGUAGGAAGCUCUUGCAAGGAGAAGAAGCAAAGUCAAGGCAAGGACAGGAAACAAAGUUGAAGCAGAAAGAGAAAAAUGAGAGUAGGAUCGACCUUCGAGCAGCAGAUGCUAUCAAACAGAAAGGUAAGGAAGUUAACUCAAGCAAACAAUAUUUGGGAGCAGUUCCAGGAGUUGAAGUAGGUGAUGAAUUUCAGUACAGGGUGGAGCUUGCUAUUAUUGGCGUUCAUCGAUUGUACCAGAAUGGUAUAGAUUACAUGAAGCAUGGUGGAGUGAUAAUUGCAACUAGUAUUGUUUCUUCGGGGGCUUAUGCUGCUGAUAUGGACAAUGCUGAUGUCUUAAUAUAUUCUGGGCAAGGAGGAAAUGUUGUAGGCAAGAAUAAGGAACCUGAAGACCAGAAGCUUGUAAGAGGAAACUUGGCUUUGAAGAAUAGCAUAUCUGUAAGGAAUCCCGUGAGGGUGAUUCGUGGAUCUAAAGGAACGAAGGCUUCUGACUCCAAGGAUGCAAGAGCUAAGGCAGUUACAUCAUACGUUUAUGAUGGUCUUUACACGGUGGAAAACUGCUGGACAGAUACGGGGCCACACGGUAAGCUGAUUUAUAUGUUUGAGUUGAGGAGGAUGCCCGGGCAACCAGAGCUUGCUUGGAAAGAAGUUAAGAAGUCCAAAAAAUAUAAGAUACGAGAUGGCCUUUGUGUUGAUGAUAUUUCAGGUGGUGAGGAGUCAUUUCCCAUAUCUGCUGUGAACACAAUAGAUGAUGAGAAACCCCCGGCAUUCAAUUACACUGCUAGGAUGAUCUACCGUGAUUGGUACUGCCCUACUGCUCCAAAGGGUUGUGACUGUAACGGUAAAUGCUCUGAAUCUCGUAAAUGCUCGUGCAUAGACAAGAAUGGAGGAGAGAUUCCAUACAACUAUAAUGGUGCUAUUGUUGAAGCAAAGCCCCUUGUGUACGAGUGUGGUCCUUCUUGCAAGUGUCCUCCUUCAUGCUAUAACAGAGUCAGCCAGAAUGGUGUUAAAAUUCAGCUUGAAAUCUUCAAAACAGAGUCAAGGGGCUGGGGUGUCAGAUCCCUGACUUUUAUUCCUUCAGGAACUUUUAUAUGUGAGUAUGCCGGAGAGCUUCUUGAAGACAAAGAAGCUGAACAAAGAAUUGGUAAUGAUGAAUAUCUGUUUGAUAUUGGACAAAACUACAAUGACUGUUCCCAUAAGCCAGAUCAACAAUUAAGUUUGAGCGAGAUUGUGGAGGAUGGUGGCUAUACCAUCGAUGCAGCACAGUAUGGCAAUGUGGGGAGGUUUGUCAAUCACAGUUGUUCUCCAAACCUAUAUGCUCAGAAUGUCCUUUAUGACAAUGAGGACAAAAGAAUGCCCCACAUAAUGUUUUUCGCUGCUGAGAACAUUCCUCCAUUACAGGAGCUGACGUACCAUUAUAAUUAUUCGGUGGAUCAGAUUCGUGAUUCAAAUGGCAAUAUCAAGAUGAAGAGCUGCUAUUGUGGUUCUGCAGAGUGUACAGGAAGGAUGUAUUAGGGUGUCUGUGGCAGAAGUUUUGAUCCUAAAGAAUUGGGAAUUUUUUGACUCUCAAGCGUUCUGCAGGAAAUUUACUUCUCCACUCCUCCUUGAUCAAGAAGAUUUGUAUGCAGUUCUGGUUUCCUGGACCAAGCAUUAUUGUUUAGAAGCACAAAACUUCGGAGCUCUUAGAUGAUGCAGUUUGUGAUCAGAUGUGGACCACUUUGUGCUUCUGGGUGGAAUUCCUUGAUCAGGUGGAUGAGUCCCUCCCUAUUGAGCAGAUCAACUUAUUCCUUUACGUGUUGAUUAUCUGGAGGACAUGUAAUUGUGACAACACUAGAGGAGGUCAGAUCAACUUGUCUAGCACUGUAAAUUAUUAUGCUAUCCUUUCCAUUUUCCCCCUGACGAAACUUGGGAAGUCAAAGAAAUUGAAGGAAUCGUCAGUGUUUUUGCCUGUUGUAUGUAACGGUAGACAUUGUAACUGUAAGUAGGCAUUUGACUUGGUAUUGCUUGUAAGUGGCAUAUACUAGUAGUCGUUUGCAAGUUGUUUUGAAUUGUGAUUGUUCUUCAGAAACAUGGAAGCUCGGUGGUAUACAUGAAGAGCCUUGGUUAAUAACGCUUAUUGACGAUUUGAUGUAUUGUCCUAUUUAUCUAUUUAACAGAUGAUUAUUGUG